AUGAACUGGCACUUCAUAGCUCGCAGCCUCGCUCUCUUGGUGAUCUUCCUCACCAUCCUCUCCCAGAUCUUCGACAUCCCCUCCUACUUCUACUACGAAUACACAGAGCUCGAGUACCUCGACACCGCCAAGCUCGAAGACGACCUCCACCGCAUCACAACCUUAAUCGACUGGAUGCACAAUGACGUGAUGCGGCCCGACGACGUCCUCUGCGACAACCCGCAGCCCGACAGCAGCGCGUUCGGCUCCCACGAGGCGUACGUCGACCUGCGGAACGUGGUAUUCGAGAUGAGUACCCGCAGAUAUCUGGGCGUGUUAGCUAAGAUGGAAGACGUCUUGUUGGUCCCGAUGGGGCUGCGUGACAGCGAUGAAGUGCAUCGUAUCUUGAGUACGCGGCGGCGUGUGAGGAAAGCCAUCGAGAUGGCAGACACGCUGCUGAGGAAGAUGAAGUUGCAGAGGUAUGAUAUGGAGGCUGCGUGUGCUUGGGUCAUGACCGCUUGA